UCCAAUCAUUUUAUCAAAUCAUCCACCCGCCUUCGUCUAGUCCCUCCAACAGCAUCAUCAUCCAUUGCCGCCAAUCAGCAACACUACAGCUCCCUCCACCCUUGCAAGUGAUGCAACUACUAGUCUACUACUCUCCCCUUCACAUUACCUCCACCACCUAAUAACCCCUAAAAUCACCAGAAUUCGGCGAAGAUCGAUCAAGUGCAAGUGGGACGAUGAACUUUAUGCUGCGGAAAAUGUCUAACGCUGCCGUAGCAGUACCGUCAGAAGCAAUAUCAGAAAUUCCCGAUCAGUUUCCACUGGUAUCACCGUGGCUGAAGAAAACUCCGUCACAGAAUUUGACGACUUUGAAAGGAUUAAUCGGAAAAGAUAGUUCGAUGAAACUCGUCGUUUUGGCGCACGUCGCAGCAGCGAUGACCGAAAACCAGCCGCCGGUGAUUCUAGGGCACGAAUUUAUCGAGAAAGCCAGUUGGAUUCUCCGACGCCGGAAUCUCCAAUCAACAACACUUUAAACAAAAAUAAUACUGAUUCUAGUUCCAAUGAAAUUAAACAUGUUGGUAGGAUACCGGACAUCGAAAGUGUUACCAAUGAUAAGGAGGGUGGCUCAACUGCAUCAUCACCUGUCCAAGUUCUCGAACCAACUGUGAGAAAAUCCUCGUCCCUUGGUCAAGUAUUUACUUUUGUUAUUUUUGGUUUAAUUUUUGGGGCUAUCGCAGUAAUCAACAUUUUCUUACUCAUACCUUGCAUUGUUAUUGCUAUCCUUGCAGUAGCGUUACCUCUAUUAUUGCUCUCUCUUUUAGUUACGCGGUUAUUCCAAUUUAUUAGACAUGAUGAUGAUUAUAAUAAAACUGUCCAACUUCAGCAUCUUAUCCGCAGCUGGCUAUACUUGGCUAUAAUUAUAGUUAUGGUAGGAGUGUGGGUUUUCUUGCCGAUGGCUAAAAUUUUUCCUUCCUUGAAACACGUGAGGUUUUUAGAUUUGCCGAUCACAGAAUGGGUUGUUAUAGUCUAUGUGAUGAGUGGUUUUUAUAUUCUCAGCUAUUGGGUUUAUUUUUUGGUUCAUGAUUUAAUAACCUCCGUAGCACAUGAUGAAAGCAAGCUUCAUAUUGCACAAGCACUCUCAGAUAUAAUUGAUUCUUUGAUUUUCUGGUGGACGGAACUAAUGGUAACAGGAUGUGUCCCUGCUUUUAAGCAUCAUGAGAUACUGGGGUUGCGCACUCAAAAGUGGAUUGAAGUAUCAGUUCUAGUCGUUAUUGGCUUCAACGUCAUUACCUUAUUUACUCGUGUAACUGUGUGGUUACUACGAUAUUUCUUACAAAACUCUUACCAUGAUGCUAAAAACGAUUCUCUAACUAAAAAUAUACCAGGGUUAGAUGUAAUUUUAGGGAAGCACCUACAAAAAGGAUAUUUAGUGUAUGGUGCCAAUGGUAUGAGAAGGAGCAUCAACUUCAUGUUGAGCUCAUUGUUGCUGGUACUUACGUGGGUGUAUUACUUUGGCUCACUCCUAAGUAGAACAGACGAAGGCAAACAUAUUUGGGAAUUUGGAAAAAGGACUUUGAUAUGUCUGUUAAUGUGCUCCUUUCUUUGGUCAAUCAAAUCUUUGGUAUUGUUAACAUGGGAAGUACACACUGUAUACGGUCGAUUAUAUUCUAGAAUCUUGAACAUCAAUGAACAAUUGUACUUCCUUGGCGUUCUUGGUCGCUGCAACCAUGAUAUUUUAUCCCUGCAAUGUGAAAUAGAAGUGGAUCAUGAAGGAGCAGAAACAGAAGGGAGUAACAUAAGCAGCUCUCAAGGAGGAUCCCUAUUACACAAGUUUCAAAAAUAUUUUCCUGCCACAUUUACGCAUUUCUUGAAAAAACGAGUGGAAAAGAAGAAAUCGACAGCCAAAAAGAGGGAAAAAGUCAGGAAUGACUUCUUAAAACUUAAGGAUAAGAAUCCAACUAUGGAUGACGUACAACGGGUGGCUCGAUAUUUUUUAGCAGCGAAAACUACUUUACUGGUGGAGACCUACACAUCUGACGUUCUAAAGAUUUUGGAUUCAAGUGGUAAUAACAGAGAAAAUUUGAAGCGACUUAUCAGCUGGGAAAGCCGUUCUACAAGUUCUUGCACAAGUACGAGUGAGAAUCCUCACAUUGUCAAAAUUAUUUGGGAAAUAUGGAAGCAAUUUUGCAGUUGGCUGCAACGCUAUCAUGUAAUUCCAAAACCAAGCCGGUCUCCUUCAACCAAAGGCUCCAGUGUAACUCAACGUUCAAAUGAUGGAAUAUGGAAAAAUGAUUGGGACCAUUUUGUUCGAGAGUUACUCAAGAAUGAAGCGGACUCUUCUGAGACAUCUUUUACAAAUAUCCGAACAUGGGUGGUGAGGGCACACAACAAUUGUAUGUUCCUUGCAAAUACUCUAAGCAAUGCCAAGGAAGUUGCAGAUUGUUUAAACAGUAUUAUCGGUGGGAUUCUAAUAGGAGUAAGUUUCAUAAUGUGGCUUUUCCUCACAAGAGUAGCUACUACCAAAGUAGUUGUCCUCGUUGCAUCACCAUUGUUGGCGGCGACUUUUAUAUUUGGAGAUACUUGCAAAACUCUUUUCGAGGGAUUUUUUUUCAUAUACGUGGUUCAUCCAUUUGAUGUUGGUGAUUUAUGUGUCAUCGAUGAGAAAAUGUUGGAGGUCACGUCAAUAGGUGUUUGGACAACAACCUUCUCAAACGUGGACAAAAUUGGUUUGAGGGAGGCUGUGAAUUAUCCUAAUUCAGACUUAGCUCGCAAAAUCUUCACUAAUUACAAAACUGAAUUUGAUUGGAGUGAUUAUGUGGAAUUUGAUCUAAGUUCUUUGGCCAGAAUGAAUCUUAACGAACUAGAAGAAGAGAUUGAAGACAGUCGUAUUAAUAAGGACAGCUUUGAUUUUCUGCCAAGUUCUCAUAGUGUGACAAUGUCAGCCAUGGAAGAUAAUGUCAAGUUAAUUAUUCGUCUGAAAUUCAAGGCUGAAAAUACUAAAGAUUGGACGUACUUUGAAUGUCUUCAACGAAAGGAUAAACUAAGAGCUGGAUUGUAUCUGUACAUACAGAACAUAAUCCAGAUAUUCAAGCCAAAAUUUCCAAUCCAAAAUAAGAUUAAAGGAAAUGAGCAAUCAUGUAGUCAGCAAAAUAACCGUUCAAGGGCGUAAUGCAAGUGAAACGAGCUGCCAGAGAUUUUACACUUAGGGCAUGCUUGGAUUGGGUGUAAUGGAUUAUGGGGGUAGUAAAAGUCAAACCACCUUAAUAAAAGGACGAUGAAGGUGGUUGCAAGGAGGGUGGCGUGGUGGUAUUGUGAUGAGAAGUUGUGGUAGUGGUGGUGUUGUGAGGAGAAGGGAGGAAGGGGGAUUAAGGUGAAGGGAUGAAUCUUAAUACUCUGUAGUCUGUACUUAGUUGUUGUUAAUUAGAUUCAGUCCACAUCUUUAUUUGUUUACUCAGUUUUCUGCAUUUCCUCCAUUUUUCUGUGAUGGAAGAAGGGUAUAUAAGCCAUAUGUAUUGUUAAACUUAGAGCUCACUUUACUGAGCCUAUUUUUAAGGUUAUUCAAAAAAUUACGCCCCAUCUGAUUCGCAACAGACGACAGAGGGUGUGUCUGUAUGUACUGGAACAAUGAUAGAAAGGUUGUUGCUCUUUCUUUUUGGAGUUGAUAUAAA